GUGAAUAGUACGUUAUUGUAUAUGAUGAUCACAAACUUAACCGCGCACUUCAUUUGAAGAGUUAGUGGAAUACACAGAGCAAAAUGUCUUCAGGAAAUGUUGUCAUUAUCCCCGUUGACGGGAGCAAAAACAGUGAAAGAGCAGUAAGCUGGUAUCUAGAUCAUCUUCACUCUAAAGGUGACAGAGUUGUUUUCAUCCAUGCAUUUGAUCCUCCACCUAUGCAAUCUGCAAAACACACAAGUGUCGACCUCAAGAACAACUAUGAUGAGUGGUGUGUCUUAAUUCAGAAGGCCCAAGACAAAGCCAGGGGCCUUCUGAAAGAGUAUGAUGAAAAAUUUGCCUCCUUAAAGGGACAACUGUCAUACAAGAUGAUUCAUGAUUCAGGCAAACCAGGAGAGGUCAUAAUUAGUUACAGCAAGAAAGAAAAUGGAACAGUAUUAGUAAUGGGUUGCCGAGGACUGGGCAAGCUUCGGAGAACAUUGCUAGGGAGCGUCAGCGAUUAUGUUGUUCGGCAUUCUUCCAUACCUGUGAUUGUGAUACCUCCAGCUAAGUGAUGGAUAGGCAACCAAGUAGUAUGAUAAGCAUAGAUUAUUAAUGAAGGAAAAGAAACAUUGUUAUUUAGAAAGCUACAAAAUGCAGUGAUGCAAGCUAGAGUCAAGUCAAUCAAUAGUAUUUAGUGUUAUUAAGUUGAAAUAAUUUUAGAUUAUAUGAAUAGAAAUUAGUUUGGAGUGAAUAGAAAUGAUUUGUUUGACACA